AGCAAUAAACAAUGGAUGACAACACACCAUCUUCCGAUCAUCAUGUCAUUCACUUAGGGGACGAUCAAAACCACAAGUCCCACUCCUCCGACGCCACCAAACUACGUCGUUUAAGCUUCUCCAAGCCCAAAUCCCGCUUCAACGAAUUCUCCCGCCUCGAAACCCUCAACGAAACCCCCAACUCCGACGACAGCGACUCCUUCCUCACCUCAGACGGCGACGACGAAGAAGAGGAUCGCGACAACGUGGCACUCCCUUCAAGGAGCAGGCGAAACAAGAAGAAGAAUUCACUCAUCAAGAUCCGGUGGAGAAUCCUAAUGGAGUGGAUCCUGUUGAUCCUCAUCACCACGUGCCUCGUCCUCUCCUUAACCAUCUCAUCCCUCAAGGAAAAACGCACGUGCGGCCUCGAGCUGUGGCGGUGGUGCCUCAUGAUCCUGGUCACCUUCAGCGGCCGCCUCGUCUCCGGCUGGAUCAUCCGCGUCGCCGUCUUCCUCGUCGAGCGCAACUUCAUGCUGCGGGAGAAGGUGCUCUACUUCGUCUACGGCCUGCGAAAAUCGAUCCAGAAUUGCGUGUGGCUCGGCCUCGUCUUGCUCUCGUGGACCUUCAUCUUCAACGCCAGGAUCCACAAGAACAACAAGCUCCUUAAAAAGCUCUUCCAGGCGCUCGUGGCCAUCCUCAUCGCCGCGACCGUCUGGCUGGUCAAAAUCAUCCUGGUCAAAGUGCUGGCCUCCUCCUUCCACGUGGCCACCUACUUUGACCGGAUGAAGGAGAGCGUGUUCCAGCACUACGUGCUGGACACGCUCUCGGGGCCGCCCAUGGACGAGGCGGCGGUGGCGGUGGCGGUGGCGCGGGAGAGGAGCGUGGGGAGGGUUUUGUCGAGGAGGCACGGGACGAGGAAGAUCGACAUGGAGAAGCUGAGGAAGCUGAGCAUGCAGAACACGGCGACGGCGUGGAGCGUGAAGAGGCUGGUGAACUACGUGAGGUUUUUCGGGCUGUCGACUAUCUCGAAGACGGUGGAUCAGUUCGGAGGGACGGAGUCGGAGAUCACGAGUGAAUGGGAGGCGAUGGCUUCUGCUAAGAGGAUCUUCAAGCAUGUUGCUAAACCUAGGGCCAAGUACAUUGAGGAGGAUGAUCUGAUGAGAUUCUUGAAGCAAGUUGAGAUUCAUACCAUAUUCCCCCUCUUCGAAGGCGCGGUUGAAACCGGCAAGAUCUCCAAACCCGCCUUCAGAAACUGGGUGGUCCGGGCUUACUAUGAACGGAAGUCUCUAGCACAUUCCUUAAACGACACGAAAACAGCAGUCCAGCAGCUUCACAAAAUAGCCAGUGCCAUUGUCAGCAUGAUCAUAGUAGUCAUAACAGUCCUAGUGAUGGGGCUGGCUUCGACCAAGGUGAUAGCGUUCAUCAUAACGCAGCUCCUCCUCGUGGGCUUCACGUUCCAGAACAUGUGCAAGACCGUCUUCGAGUCCAUUGUCUUCGUGUUUGUGAUGCACCCCUUCGACAUAGGUGACCGAUGUGUCAUUGAUGGUGUCCAGCUGAUAGUUGAAGAGAUGAACAUACUAACAACAGUGUUCCUUCGCUACGACAACGAGAAAAUCUACUAUCCGAACUCAGUCCUCAUCACCAAACCGAUCAGCAACUUCUACAGAAGCCCGGAGAUGAGCGACGCCAUCAACUUCACCAUCGACGUCUCCACACCAAUGGACACGAUAAUAACACUGAAGAAAGCAAUACAAACGUACAUUGAGAGCAAGCCAAAUUACUGGAACCCGAAGCAUUCGAUCAUAGUGAAGGAGAUCGAAAAUCUGGACAAGCUGAAGAUGGCCUUAUGCGUGCAGCACACCAUCAACCAUCAGAACUACGGGGACCGGAACAUCAGGAUAACGGAGCUGUUCCUCGAGCUGAAGAAGAUCUUCGGAAACCUCAAUCUCAAAUAUCAUCUUCUGCCGCAGGAGAUUCAUCUCACGCAAGUCGACAUCAGCUACUAAUUGAAACAUCCUCUACUAAAGGCAGGGCUAAUUAGUUAUUUAUCUUCUUAAACUACAACUUCUUCAGUUCUAAGCGUUGUACCAAAUCUUCAUUAGUUAAGAGAUAAAUAUUUGGCAUGGUGUUCA